AUGAAUCUUAAUGAUCUCAACAAGGUCUGGGAAGUUAAGUCUCUCAACAAAAUUGGACAAGAUGAAGCCACCAAGAUUCUUCAAAAAGUUGCUAAGCAGGUUCAACCAAUUAUGCAUAAAAGAAAAUGGAAAGUUAAGCUUCUUUCUGAAUUCUGUCCCGCCGACCCAUCCCUUUUAGGGAUGAAUAUAGGGCCGGGUGCUGAAGUUAAGCUCAGAUUACGAAGACCUAACCGCGACUGGGAUUUCUUCCCGUAUGAACAAGUUCUCGAUACCAUGUUACACGAGCUUUGUCAUAACGAACAUGGUCCUCACAAUGCUCAAUUUUAUAACCUUUUGGAUGAAAUUAGAAAGGAAUGUGAAGAACUAAUGGUCAAAGGAUUUGAUGUUCCCGGGAGACGUUUAGGUGGGUUCAGCCACCAACCACCUUUGUCGUCACUUCGCCAGACUGCAUUGGCUGUGGCUGAAAGCCAAACACGCAGUGGAGUUUUGCUGCCUGCUGGACCUCAGCGUUUAGGUGGUGAUAGCAAUAUUAAGUCUGCCCUGAGUCCAAUACAAGCUGCUGCCAUGGCUGCUGAAAGGAGACUGCAUGAUGACAUGUGGUGUGGGUCAAAGUCUUCAGGGGGCGACACUUUCAUUCAGGAGGGUAGAAGCUCUAGUGGGCCUUCUGAGAAAUCUAUUCAAUCUGCAGUAGCCAAGGAAACAAUUGGGGAAGCAAAAUGGCAGUGCAAUACAUGCACUUUGUUAAACAAGCCAUUGGUGUUGCUAUGCGAAGCAUGUGGAACAAAGAAGCAGAAAGAUGUUAGAAAGUUGAAAGUUUGGUGUUGCAAAUUUUGUACUCUAGAAAAUAGUAUUGAGCUUGAUAGAUGCUUAGCUUGUGGAGAAUGGAGAUAUUCACAUGGCCCGCCCGUCUCCACUAGUGGGCCAUAUGCUGGCACCUAA